GAGCUGGCCUAUGAGGCUAACGCUACCAACAUGGCGGAGGCUUCCCUCGGGAGUUCAAGCCCUGUUGGCUCUCUGUCCUCGGAGGAUCAUGACUUUGACCCAACAGCAGAGAUGCUGGUUCAUGAGUAUGAUGAUGAGCGGACUUUAGAAGAGGAAGAGGCGCAGGAAGGAGACAGGAAUUUCAGCGCUGAACUGGCGGAUCUGGAAAAGGAAGGGAAUAUGCCUCUGGAAGAGCUGUUGGCCAUCUAUCGUUAUGAGCCAUCAGUCAGCACGACUGCAGGGUCGAGCAUGGACAGCUCCUCUGGUGAACUGGCUGAUGACCUUCCGGACAUGACCCUGGAUAAGGAAGAGAUAGCCAAAGAUCUGCUGUCAGGAGACUACGAGGAAGAGACGCAGUCUUCGGCUGAUGAUCUGACCCCUUCUGUUACCUCCCAUGAAGCCACUGAUUUCUUCCCAAGAACACUCCGAUCCAACGCUACUUAUGACGGUGAUAAGGAGUCUGAAGGAGAGGAGGAUGGCCUUAGUCCAGAGGAUGCAAGGAAGGAAAUAAUGGUUGGAUCGCAGUACCAAGCAGAGGUUCCUGUGGGCCUGAGCUUCUACUCUGAUGACAAGGUAUUUGAAGAGGAGGACCAGUUGCUCUGGUGUCCUGACGUGUUGUCGGAGAAGAAGGUGGAGGACUACCUCAGAAAGGCGCUGUCUCACGCUGCAGAUGUUAGCACAGAGCACUCUACAUGUGGAGGACACGUACGAGACAAUGAACAGGCUUUAUAUGAGCUUGUGAAAUGUAACUACAAUACGACCGAAGCCCUAAUGCGAUACUGCAGUAAUCCUAAAUCCUCAAAAGAAGAGUCGUCGCCAUGGUCUGAAGAAGAGUGUAGAAAUUUUGAGCAUGCGCUACAGAUUUAUGAAAAGAACUUCCAUCUAAUUCAGAAAAACAAGGUCCCAACGAAGACCGUGGCAGAGUGUGUAGCCUUUUACUAUAUGUGGAAAAAGUCAGAACGUUUUGACUAUUUUGUUCAGCAGAACCGAUUUGGGAAAAAGAAAUAUAGCAUUUACCCUGGUGUGACAGACCUGAUGGACCGGUUAGUGGACGAGGCAGAAGGUCUGGCAGUGGACAGCUCUUCAUCAGUGUGCUCCGGUGGAGCUGGAGGAAGAAUGGAGGUGUCUGCGGAACAGCAGCUCGGCCUCCUCAACACAAUCACCGCCAGUGACCUCACAGCUCUGAGUAACAGCGUGGCGUCCGUGUGCAGUCAGGCUGACGUGAGCUGCUUGGAUUCGUCUUAUUUCCCGCCUUUGGAGACGUUCCACCGUGGAGCACUGACUCACGAUGAGGCUACUCUGGGCUACGGAGCAAGUGGCGACGCCGGCUGCCUCGGUGUCCUCGACUCAGCUCUGUAUCGCUCGGAGCUCAGCCAGCUCAGCGUGUGCAGCACCAAGGAUUGUGAGCGUCCUUCCAAACGCCUCCGGAUGGGCCUCGCCGACUCGUUCAUCAACGACACGCACCGCAUCACAGGAGCCAAGAUGGCCGUGUCACUCACAGACUUCAGCAGCAUAGCGAGCGGAGACGCAAGCGCUUUCAUCAGCUCACACUCGCGUCACCACCAACACACUGCACUGCAGUCCGAUUGACCCCAACACACACCCACACCCAAACCCAACUCCUCCCAAGCUGUACAGAUCCACCCACUGACUCAACCUUAGUUUCUUUUCUAAUUAUGUAUAAAUAUACUUUUUGUAAUAUGACAUCAGUGAUGUCUUUAUUGUACAGAGCUACGAAAUCUUGAUUUCUCAAGAGUUUAAAUAGCCAUUUAUUUUUCUGGUUCUUUAGAUAAUAUUGCUAUAUCAGCAUCGAUUUACAGUGAAACGUAAAUGCUGGAGGUAGAGAGCUGUGAUGGUCUGUCGCUCUCUUAUCGUGUACUCAUCCCUGUAAACAAAGCCUUCAGUUUCAUUUUCCCGUGAAAAAAGAAUUGCCAGAAACUGCAUUUACUUCUUUUUGUUUUGUAUUUUAUCAUUUUUGUAAGUUUAUUAUUUUUUUUCUUCUUUUUUUUAAAUUGGUACUGUUUUUGAUGUUUACACAAGCCGAGAGACACCGGGGUUCGGCAGAUGUAGCAUUUUGUAUAUCAGGAAAUUUUAUUCUCUUAAAAUUGGGGAUUUGCAGCAAAACCACAUAUCUAUUAAAAUGAAGAGCACUUCUUACGAGUUAGAAUAUAUUGGCUUCCAUGUUUCCUUUGGGUUUUUUUUUUUUUGUGCGCACGCGAGUGCGCUCUGUGAAUGCAUGUCACGUGUCCUGCCUGCGUUUUUUUAGGAACCGUGAGAUUGCCACUGGAUGUUAGUGUUUUUGUACGACGAGGAUUGCGUAUUUGUCCAGUUCAUUGGUAGCUGUGAUUUUGUUCUAGUUUGGCUGGUUUUUAAGUGUGUUUAAGCUUUAAAAGUUCACCCUUCAAUGUGCAACUCCACAUAUCAGGGUUCGGAAGAAUGAGUAUUGAGGGUGCCAAUAUUCCCUCCUCUAAGACUUCCACGAUAAAGGCAGCUGAAACAUUGGGUACACUUUAUAACUAGGAUGUGUGUUAAAUGAGUGUUUGAGUGAGUAGAUCCACCUUGCUGUUUUACUCAGUCUGAUUUGUUUUAUAAGGUUUGGCCCCUUUGGGAUUAGUUGAAGAAUUAGGAAAAAGUUUCAUUUUUGAUUGCGACUUGUUCUAAAAUGAAAAUUUAUAAAGCGGGACUUGCCCCUAAGUUUGGUGACAGUAUUAUAUUAUACUUUUUUUUUUUUUUUUGUGAAUAUGCUGCGUCAGGAAGACGCUAAGCUAUCCCGCUCACUAGAGGUUUAAAAUGAAACUCCUUGCAGAUUCUUACAGUAUAGGCACCAGUCUGCCAUUACGGGUCGCUCUUGUGGUUUUUGUAAACCUAAUAUUAGUUGAUGCUUUGAUAGUUAUUGCAAUUUAUCAUCAGACGUUGUCUGAUGGUAUCCGGAUGCUUUGCCCUGGUUGUUAGGCUUGCUGUGUUCUAAAAAGGAUCCUUUAUAAUAUUCGGCCACUUUUGUAUACUGCGUGCACUGGGCAGCUGGGACUUGUCACAAAAGCUCUUCUUCUUUUUCCCCUCUCUCGUCCUCUGUGCAUCCAGAAUAUAAUACUGUUGAAUACUUUCAGCCCUGAACACAUUUUAGAGAAAAUGGUUACUGCAAAAUAUAUAUAAAAAUAAGGUUCUUGUUUAUUAUGGCAAUAACAUGUAGAUAUGUACAGAUUGUCAUAUUUCUUCUAAUAGUCCUUAAAGACAUUAUGCUCUUCUGUGUCGGUUUUUUUUUUUUUUAAUAAUUAUUUUGCCCAUCCUACACACCAGCUGUGGCUAUUUUGCAAAUUACCACUAAAAUGUUUUGAAGUGGGAGAUGUAUAGAGAUUUGCAUGGCACAUUCUCUUUAGUGAUUUCUUUCGGGACGCCCCACUACAAGUGCGAGACGAUUCCCCUCAGCUCAUAUGGGUGUGGAAAUGCAUUUCAUUUCUUCUCAUCAAACAAGCUGCUAUGAGUCAAUGUGAAAAACUGCACCUGAUGAGUACAGAAUCACGGAGCUGAGGGUUACAAUGCACUGCUGCUGCGUGUGUGUUUGUGUGUACGUCUAGGAGUCUUGCAAAUGUUUGGGUGGGAAUCUUCACAAUACAAAACACAAAGCAAGGACGUUCCUGUCGAGAUGUGGCUUUGGUUUUCUGUGUCUUACUAAGAGAUGCUUUUGUGGAAAAACUUCCCUACUGCCUCAAAUGCAAGCUUUCUCAGUGCAUCGACUCCAGAUUUUCUGCUGGAGUGUGAAUGUAAAAAUGUGUUUUUUGUUGUUUGUUUAAAAAAAAAAAGUUUCAAAGAGCUAGAA